CCUCCCUCGGGCGAGAGGAUGCGCGCGCAGCACCUUCCGCCUGGGCGGAAGUUUCUCCGGGGCAACUGAGAAGGUCGGUCCUGGUUCCUCUGGAAGAUUCGAGGGUCAGGCUGCAAAUAUCUGGCCCCCCCCCACUAGGCUCACCAAAUUCAGAGGACACUGUUUAAAUGGAGUUUCCAGCCCAGUGAAUCUGAGGGCCAUCUGUGACCCAUAAAGCAUGAUCUUCUGUCCAGACUGUGGCAAAGGCAUUGAGGCGGCAUUCAAAUUCUGCCCCUACUGCGGCAAGCCUUUGCCUACACUGGAGCAUGAGGACGCCCAGACCUUUGUCAGACCGUUCCUGUCAUCCUUCCGAGGCUCAAGGAGAAAGAGGAGCAGCAGUUCUGAAAUCUCUUCCAAGAAAGUGAAAUGGUCCAGCUGUGGUCCCUCUCCCACAUCCUCCCUCCCCUCGGAUGGUGACAGUUCUGGAUCUGAAGAUACCUUGAGUACCUGUGGGAAACCCAGAGGUUCCUGGAGCAAACCCCCAACCCCCCAUGGCAGCCCUCAGACGACCAGGCAGAGCCCUCAAGCGACCAGGCAGAGCCCCCAGGCGACCAGGCAGAGCCCUCAGUCCCUGAAGCGGAGCCAGGUGACCACCUCACUCAAGGCGUUGCCCGUGGGGACGGUGCUGACAGACAAGAACGGGCAGAACUGGCAGCUGCGGUGCCUGCAGACCAGGAGCAGCCAGGGCAUCCUCUAUGAAGCCGAGCCCGACUCCACCGUUGCCUGCGUGUCAAGUUCCCAGAAACAAAGAUUCUCGAUUAAACUAGAUGCCAAGGAUGGGCGCUUGUUCAACGAGCAGCACUUCUUCCAGCGGGCUGCCAAGCCUUUGCAAGUGAACAAGUGGAAGAAGCUGCGCUCGACCCCCCAGCUGGCCAUCCCCUCCUGCGUCGGUUUUGGUGUUCACCAGAACAGGUACAGGUUCUUGGUGUUCCCCAUCCUGGGGAGGAGCCUGCAGUCGAUCCUGGAUGACUACCCGAAGCCCGUCAUGCCCGUGAGGGCUGUGUUCCAGAUGGCCUGCCGCCUGCUGGAUGCCCUGGAGUUCCUCCACGAAAAUGAGUAUACGCAUGGAAAUGUGACAGCUGAGAAUAUCUUUGUGAACCCAGAGGACCUGCGCCAGGUGACCUUGGCAGGCUACGGCUUCACCUUCCGCUAUUCUCCAGGCGGCAAGCACGUGGCCUACACCGAAGGCAGCAGGAGCCCACAUGAGGGGGACCUUGAGUUCAUUAGCAUGGACCUGCACAAGGGAUGCGGCCCCUCCCGCCGCAGUGACCUCCAGACCCUGGGCUACUGUUUGCUGAAGUGGCUUUAUGGGACCCUGCCAUGGACACACUGUCUUCCCAACACCGAGGAUAUCAUGAAGCUGAAGCAGAAGUUUCUUGACAACCCGGAGAGCCUCGUGGGACAAUGCUCUCGCUGGAUCAGCCCCUCAGAGACCCUGCAGGGGUACCUGAAGGUGGUGAUGACCCUCAAGUAUGAGGAGAAGCCGCCCUACACAGCACUGAGGAACAGUCUGGAAGCCCUGCUGCAGGAUCUGCGGGUGGCAGCCUAUGACCCCCUGGACCUCCAGCUGGCCCCCCAGAAGCUGCAGCCUGCACUUUGAAAUAGAGGGAAGGACAAAAAAAAGGAAACGUUUCUCAAGGCCUGCUAUUGUAGAAUCACAGAUGAGCUUCUAGAAAGAUCCCUGGAAUGUGCAUUCCUGCCUCUGCUUUAGGUGAUACGACUCAUCCAUCUCAAUCAUCCUCAGGGAACCUGGUAGUUGGGCUCCACAUAAUGUGAAAUCUCCCCUCUCCUCAACGCUCCCUUCCUACAGCCGUCGGCCCCUGCCAGCCACGGCGUUUGGAUGGAGAAGACCCCUGUUCACAGCCAGGGGGUGGGCUGGCCUCCUGCGCGGGGAUGCUGCCACUGACACCACUACACUCUGACCAUAAAUUGUUUUGUUGAA